CUGGGCCUUAAUUAAAAACCUAGCUGCCGGCGGUGGAGUGAAAGAAGAGGGCAGUCUACCGGAGGAGGAGGAGGGGAUACAGAAGCUAACUGCCGCCGGAGUUUUUCUCUAUCUUCUUCAUCUGCUCAACUUGACCGGAGGAGGAACUCCCGAGCACAUUCUUCACCUGCUUCUGUUCUUGAGAUGUCAUUUAGAGGAGGAGGAGGAAGGGGUGGUGGCCGAUUCGGCAGAGGAAAUUUUGGCCGAGCUGCUAAUAAGCCAUUCGUAUAUUUCCCUCCGGAAAUUGAGUUACCAGAAAUCAAGACUGUGGCUAAAGAAGAAAUUGACCUGAUUGCAUUCGGUUCUAGAUUGCAAAAUUUUUGGGCUUCCUCGCCUUACAAUCUUUCAGAAGAGGGACCAAGGAAAGAAGAAAAUGUAAACGAAGAGAUGUUUUCUGACAAGAAAAAACAGAUGAAUGUUCACAAGCGGAAACUUCUUGACUACAUAAUGUGUGGCAUUGAAAAUGUUCCUGCUGAAUUGGCUGAAGGUACUUCAAAAUCAGGAAGCCGGAAGAAAGUGCAAUGGAGCCAAGGAUCAGAAUGGAAGAAACUAGAUAUGUUUGAGAAGCUUGAACAAAAACGCCAGGCAGGUGGAGGGGAUGGAGAGGAGGAGGAAGAAGAGGAAGAAGUGGCGGAAGAGGAUGAAGAAUUCAGUGAUGAUGGUGAUUAUAAUCAGAAUAUUGAUUUUGACGACGACGAGGAUGACUUAAAUAUGGAGGAUGAUGGUAACGAUGAACCGACAUACUAGAAUUGCAGCCUUAGCAUAUUUGUCUUUUACGCGGCCCAUGUACAAAAAAAACACACAAAAUCUUCAAUCGAAAGGGAAUAAUGUUUUGAUUGUUAGAGAUGUUGGGUAGUUUAGUUUUUAAUCAUUUUUUACUUAAACACUGAAUUGGGUAUUCUCACUUUGAUUCCAUUGUGUUAUAUUUGAUCCUAUUUUGUUAUUGCACAAUACCAAUUAUGGAUAUUUUAAUUGAAAUACACUACCUCAGCUGU